AUGCUAUAUGGACAGUUUCCUCUUCAGGCAGAAGCUACCGACUUUGGGCCCGUGAGCAACUUGCGGAAAAAACUUUCUUAUGGCCAGCAGAAGGCACGACCGAAGCCCCAAAAAUACAUUGCCAAAUUUGAUGGGGGGUUCCAGAAAGAGACCAAGACCAAGAGACAUGACAGAAAAGAGAGUGAGGAAGGAGAAAAUGACGACCCGAAAACCCUGAUUAGUGAACAGGCGCUGGAUGAGGAGCCAGAGGAACUACCGCUUCAUCUCAGAGUGAAUCACAUCUGGGAGAGAGCUCCAGAGAUAAAGGCCUUUUACAACUACUACGAGACUUGGAUCAACAGCGAGGACUACUCUAGGUACUCUUGGGCUCGAGAGCCCUUGAAAGACAUAUUUCAGAAUGUCCAAGAGGUUGAAUACGUUGUAAGAAAGGACCUUAGCAAGCCAGCAGAGCUUGUGGCUACGCUACGGCUCGUCUCGGCAGACGAAGCCAAACGUACGGCAUCCAAACUGGCCUCAGACAUCUCCAAGGACUGGCUACAAAAGGUAGCAACCGCCAGAGAAGUACUGGCCCACACUGCGACUUCCCAGACCGGACUAGACCAGCUUUCGAGCGAUGCCGUCGCUGCUUCAGUGAUUGCUUCUGGUGUCCGGGCUCCUUUGCGUGACCAAGAGGCCAGUGACCAUGACGAGGUUGCUAUGCGUGAUUUUGUGGAUGAUCGUCCGCACCUGCAGUUUGUGCCCGGUCCCAAGUUAAAGAACAGAGCAAUCAUGCACGAAUUCUUGGACAGUCUGCUGCGGUGGUUUCCGCUGAUGGAGGGGGCAGAUGAGAUGGGGCCCGAGCGGCAGAUUGGCUAUCACUGGCUCGGCACUCGUGUGCAGGAUGGCUGGAUAAUAGUGACUCUGGCCAGGGAUUCUCGCCUGGGCAGUUUCUGGACUUUGAAACACAACCCCGUCAUGACAUAG